AUGCAGAUUUCUAUCAAGACAUUAAAGGGAAAGAGCAUAAACCUAGAAGUCGAAGAUAGCUCCAACACUAUCGACGUUAAGAUCCAUGGGGAGCCGAUGAGUGAACUGGUUUUGCGACUGCGUCCUUCGGGUCGGGGUGAAGCAGCCAUGCGUAUUUUUGUAGCGACUCUCAGCGGCAGGUCCCAUACCCUUCAGGUUAAGGGAUCCGAUACCAUUGGAGAAGUCAAGACUAAAUUCUUUGAGAUUGAUGGCACUCCAGUAGACCAGCUGAGGAUAAUAUUUGCCGGCGUGAUUUCUAUUACGACGGUAGAGGGAAAAAACAUAAACCUAGAGGUGGAGGAUAGCUCCAAGCCCAUCGACCUCAAGAUCAAUGGACCCAUCCGUCAACUGGUUCUAGGUUUGAAUCCGGAUGCCUAUCCAACUCAGGACGCAUUCAUGCGGAUUUUUGUAUCGACUAUAAAGGAGAAAACAUUCAUCCUACAAGUGAAGGGGUCCGAUACCAUUAAAAAAGUCAAGACCAUGAUCCAUGAUCAGGGUGGCUUACCGGUGGACCAGCUGAAUCUUAACUUUCUUGGCAGCACGCUUGAAAACAGACGCACCGUAGCUUACUACAACAUCAAACCGGACUCCAAUCUUGUCAUUGUGCAGCGUGGUUGCAUCUGCUAA